CCAGCUGACUGUUUCUGUCAAAAUAAAUUUCUGAACAAACUUUUUGGAAAUAAAAUUAUGGCCAGCAAGCAAUUGGUAAACAAUUUGUCCAAAGUUGGACGCCGUGGCCAGAACUGGCUGGCUCCAUUGACCGCCGUACGCAAUGGCAGCUCCCGCAGCGACAUCGACAAAGUCACACACACGGGACAAGUCUUUGACAAGGAUGACUACCGCAAUGUGCGAUUCGUGAACGCCAAACGUUAUGUGAACGAGAACUGGGGCAUCAAAAUGAUUGACGAGGUGCGACCAAUCGAAAGCACCGAACGUGUGGUCUUCUGUGACGGCGGCGAUGGUCCGCUCGGACAUCCCAAAGUGUACAUCAAUCUGGACGCACCCGGCAGCCACACUUGCGGCUAUUGCGGCCUGCGUUUCGUGAAGAAGGAUGACCAUCAUCACUAGGAAUAACCAUGUUGAGAGGCCUGCCUAUGCUAUUGCUUUAGUUUAAAUUGUAAACUGAAUAAAAUUACUCCAUAAAAUGGC